AUGGCACCUGGAGUGGUUGAAAGUGUAGAAUCGUGGAGUUCACCGUCGCACAUUCCAUGUUCGUACGAUGGACCGCCUCGAAAUAUUCCCUACAUUGACAACAUCGACUUUGACAAAUCACUCCAGCCAAAGGACUAUAAUAUCACAGGGACCGACCCCGAAUCUAAAAUCCUCAUACUGGAUGUCCAGAUACUUGAUGCAACCGGGAAGCUACCGUACCGAGGGGAUGUAAUGAUCCAUGGGCAAUAUUUUGCGCAUGUUGGCGUCGUUCCCGAAAUUGAAACCCUCCAAAGGGAUCCCGGUGUUCGCGUUUUCAAUGGCAAUGGUCGAACCCUGAUGCCUGGUCUGGGCGAUGCCCAUACCCAUCUCACCUGGGACGGUGGCGAUCUCAAUCGCCUCGGAGAAAUGCCGGUCGAAGAACAUACCCUGCUUACCGCCAGAAGCGCGCGAUGCUACUUGGACUCUGGGUACACAAUGUGUUACGGGGCCGCAUCAGCCAAAGAGCGUCUGGAUAUCGUCAUCCGGGAUGCUAUCAAUGCCGGAUAUAUUCCCGGUCCUAGAUGUCUUGCCAACGGUAUGGAAAUGGCUCGGACCAAUGGCGACCUUGUGGCGGGUAUCACAGCAUACGCUGACGGACCAGAUCAGAUGCGAGAGGUAAUUCGGCACCAUAUCAACCUGGGAGUAGACAACAUCAAACUGUCGAUGUCUGGAGAAUCAUUGACUGAAACACGAGAUGCGGAGGACUGCUACUAUACCGACGAGGAGACGGCAGCAUGUGUGGAUGAAGCUCACAAGUCUGGAAAGAGGCUAUGCGCGCAUGCCAGAGCUCGAGAAUCUGUCAAGAUGUGCAUACGUCACGGUGUCGAUGUUAUCUAUCAUGCAUCCUUUAUAGACGAAGAAGGCAUGGACAUGCUAGAAGCUAGGAGGCACAAACACGUAGUAGCUCCGGCCAUCAAUUGGCUGGUAAAUACGCUAUACGAAGCUGGCGCUUUCGGAUACGCGACCGAAAAGGCUGAGCAGGUUGGAUAUAAAAAGGAGCUAGAAGCCGCUGUGCGCGGCUUGAGAGAAAUGCACCGCAGGGGAGUCGUCGUUCUUCCAGGGGGUGACUACGGAUUUGCGUGGACGCCUCACGGCACGUAUGCGCGUGACCUACAGCACUUCCGGGACCUACUAGGUUUCACUUCGCACGAAGCAGUCAUCGCCGCAACCUACGGAGUGGCCAAGCUCUUUAUGCGGUCCCAUGAGAUGGGCCAGAUCAAGGCAGGAAACUUUGCGGACUGCAUUCUGGUAGAUGGUGAUCCUUUGGAAAAGAUUGAGAUCCUCCAGGAUCAUGGUAAACUGGACAUUAUCAUCAUCAAUGGUCGGGUACACAAAGCUUGA